AUGAAGGAAUCUAGACAUCGACGACCAUUGUCGGAGUCCUUAGCUUCUCUAUCGAUAGCCAUUACCAGCAAACGAAGUUCUUCGGAGUCCUUAGCUUCUCUCUCCAGCCGUGACCAGCAAACUAAGCAAACAGAGCUCUCACCUCUCCCUUUGACUGGAGCUCUUGCACCUUUCCUUCCCACCACCCAAUUUCAAGGAGUUUUGCUUUAUGGGCCACCCGGUACUGGGAAAACACUUUUGGUGAGGGCAGUGGCUCAUCAUACUGAUUGCACCUUUAUAAGGGUUUCUGGCUCUGAGUUGGUUCAGAAGUAUAUUCGCGAGGGCUCUCGAAUGGUGAGAGAACUUUUUGUUAUGGCCAGAGAAUAUGCUCCAUCAAUCAUCUUUAUGGAUGAAAUCGACAGUAUUGGAUCAGCUCAAAUGGAAUCCGGAUUUGGCAAUGGUGAUAGUGAAGUGCAGUGGACCAUGCUAGAGCUUCUCAAUCAACUGGAUGGAUUUGAAGCAUCUAACAAAAUCAAAGUUUUGAUGGCUACAAAUCGCACUGACAUUUUGGAUCAAGCCCUUCUGAGGCCUGGAAGGAUUGACAGAAAGAUAGAGUUCCCAAAUCCCAAUGAAGAGGUUGAUCUGCUCAGAAGUCAGAAAUUAGAUAAAGUUGAUGUCACAUUACAACCAGAAGAGUUGGAAGUAAUGAACUAUGUCUUGCAUGCAAAAUAUGAGGAAGCAAGGAGGAGGAGAAGCUGCGUAGUCAGCGGGAGGAUUUCAAAUGAGAAGAAAAGGAAACGGAAAAUGCAGGAAAAUGAUGGAAAAUCGAAGAAAAAGGAUUUCAAGUUCUACGACGUGCUGCUGGUUUUGUGA